CGGAGUACACCCAGUGACCCUCGAAAAGCCUAGAGCCCGCGCUGAGCACUUUACCCUGUUUGGUAAGGCGUGCCUGCCAUCAGCGGCUCGUCGGUCGGCCGCCCCGUGCCUUCCAUUUUGGGUAAAUCAUGAGUGCCGCCCGCAGGCGCCCGCGACCUCAGCUCCGGCUCUUCCACUCAAGCUUCCUCUUUGCUUGGGUCACUUUCACCAUUUGUUUUGUACAUACCCUACCUAAACAGAUUGGCUCUCUGAGUUACAUGUAUCUCAACUCAAGUCGGAAGAGCGUGAAGCAGCAGCAGCAGCAACUCCACUUACUCGGUACAGUACCCAUCGAGAGAAUCACCCUCAAUGGGGCCGAACAUUUCGCAACAACCGUGCAUGAUUGGCCCCCCCCCCUUUCUGUCUUUAGGUUGAGGUCACGGUGAUCGCAGGGCCUUCCACUUUUGGGGCCGAGUGGUUUGCCUGGUCUGGAUAUCUCACCAACCGGAAUGCAACCUUUGCAGGGAUUUCUUGAAUCGAGCUCAACGACUUAGACUCGACCGCCAAUCACUGUUGGCCAGUUCCUUUCCA